UCUGUUAUAAAUAUCGCAACUUCUCGAAUUAAGAAGUAAAUCCCCUAAAUAGAAUGUGGAGAUUUUCAGCCAUAAUUUUUGUUGUUGUUGUUGUUUGCAUAAGUUUUGUUAACUGUGAACCGAAAGUGCCAUGUUAUUUCAUCUUCGGAGAUUCGUUGUCUGAUCCAGGCAACAAUAAUGAUCUUUUCACACUAGCUAAAGCAAAUUAUCCACCAUACGGGGUGGACUUUCCAGGAGGAAUUCCAACUGGAAGGUUUACCAAUGGCCUUAAUGCUGUUGAUUAUAUUGCUCAAUUCUUGGGAUUUGAACAAUUCAUACCUCCAUUUAAAAUUAACAUGGAUCAAGACAUAUUGAAAGGCAUCAAUUUUGCAUCAGGUUCAGCUGGAAUUCUUGCUGAAACUUCAUAUCAUGUGGGUGAUCGAGUGUGGAUGAGUCGACAACUACAAAAUUACGAAAUCACAAUCUCAAAGCUUGGAUCGAUGGUUAAUGGAACAGUUGCUAACUACUUAAACAAAUGUUUAUACAGUGUUAAUAUUGGUACAAAUGACUACAUUAAUAAUUAUUUCUUGCCACUACUCUAUCCUGGAACGCAACUCUUCACUACUCAUCAAUAUGCUGCGCUGCUCAUUGCUCGAUAUAGAACACUAUUACAGGCACUCUAUGAUUCUGGUGCAAGGAAGAUGGCAAUAUAUGGACUAGGUCCAUUGGGUUGCAUGCCAAAUGAAAUUUCUAAAAGUGGUGCGACUCAAUGUGUAGAAAAAAAGAAUGAAGCGGUGGAACUUUUCAAUACAAAGCUUGUGUCAUUAGUCGAUGAUUUCAAUACAAGGCUUCCCAAAGCAAAAUUUACGUUCGUUAAUGUCUAUGCCAUCCAAAAUUUAACUCUUUACCCAGGCUUGAUUAUGAAUACAACGUGUUGCAAAAUAGUAAGCCUUUCAAACCUCUGUCAGGAGUCCGUUCCACCAUGCGCCAAUAGGAACUUAUAUGCAUUCAUGGACGGAAUUCAUUCAACUGAUGUUGUCUAUAAACAAGUUGCAACAAUUUCGUACAACACCACUCAAAUUCCCUUAUUUGUUAAUCCUAUGAAUCUCAGUCAAUUGAUUAGCCAUUAGCAUUAGGAUAAAUAUAUAACUUCACUCUAGUUAUCUAUGUAUAAUACACCACUUAGAUGUGGAAUAUAAGUUUUUUGUUUGUUUGAUGUAAGCCAAAAACAUUUGAUAUACAUGGUUUUAUGUAUUCAGGAAUGGGGUUUCCCUGCCUUAAACCCAUUUUAGGUUAAAAAGAUUAUUGAUAUAUGCAUUUUUUGUAGAGUUUUUACCUCCGUCCCGUAGUAAUUUUUGUGUUACCUGAUCUCUUAGGAGCCAUUUUGAGUACUAAUAUGUGUUAUUGAGUGUGCCUUGAGAUUUCAGGUUGUUUAAUAGGAAAUUGGUCUUUUUAGGCUAGUUUCAUGAUAUUAUGGGCCACUACACGAUCCCGAGGAGGUUCGGGACGGCUAUUCUCGACUCUUGGGAGCCUAGGAUGUCUAUGUUUGAGCCCCAAGGGUUAGACUUGGUGCUAUUGUUGAAGAAUGAAGCGUUGAGCCGGUCUCCCUACGACGACCGGUGGGCGAAGGGAGACCAACCGGGCAAGAAAAAGGAGAAAAACAACCUUUCAGCACGGGCCCGAUCGGGUGCAUGUCGCCCGACGCCAAUCGGGCGGCCCCAACGCAGAAAAUCUGAAAAAUGAAAAUUCGCCAGGGCGGGUUGCGAGCUGCAUGCCCGGCGGGCGGAUGUGUGCCCGACCGGGCAACGACUGCCUCCGGCGCGUUUUACUUAAUAUUUCCGGAGUUCGGUAGUUCUUGGGCAAGACUAUAUAAGCCCUUAGUUUUGUAUUUUGAGGAAUCUUGUUUUCGAGCCUUAAGCUUUAUUCUGAACUUAGUUUCUUCUCUCUAAUAUUGCAAACACCUAAGUUCUUCUUUUCAAUUAAAGUUCCAAUCUUUCAAUUUUUCCUCGUUUUUCAUUUAUGUAUUAUUUCC